AUGCGCGGAGCUGCGUCACCUGGGGGCAUCCGCGCCGAGCGCCCGGUGCUCCGUCCCCACCACCCCGCCCCUCGGUGGGACACCACCGGCCACUGGACGCUCCGACGCAGCGCGCAGCCCUCCGCCUCGGACGAGGCCGCGUCCCUGUGCUGCUGGGACUUCCGAGUCUCCGAACCGGAGGAGCAUCUGCCCCCGGGGACGACCGCGCGAGUGUCCGACCCAGGACACGCUGAGUCCGUCCGCAGGCACCGGGGGCGCCGGGGGCAACUCCCAGCCGACGGCGAGCGCCGGUCUGCAGCGGAGACGGGAGCGUCCGCGCCGUCGGAGAGAUCCGAGCGGGGCCCCGAGCCCGGCGGCUCCGGAGGGACUCCCGGGAGCGGGGCGGGGGUGGAAGCGCGCGGGCAGGGGGCGGGGUCCGAGGCGGCAGGGACGCGGCGGGAGAGGGGAGUGAUGACCGGCCACGGUCCUACCGCGCAGGGACGGGCGGGCGCGGGAGCCCGGCCGGCAGGACUCGGACGCCUUCGGGGCUCGCGGCGGGCGCUACGUCUCUACGGGUCUGGGGACGCGGGCCCGGACCGGCCUCGCCGGCUGGGAGCGGGAGGGGCGGAGCUUGGGCCCCCCCGUCCCGCCGCGUUACCCGCACGUUCGGCCUCGUCGCGUUCCCGAGUCCGGCGUCGGCGGGAACUGGUGCCCCCGCCCCGGGCCCCUGAGACACUCCCCGAGGCCCCCGAGGACCCCAGGACCCCGAGCCCCCCCGCGCCCCCGAGCCGGGUCCGCCCGCCGGGACCUGCCCCUCUCUCCCCCACGCCUGCCCCGCGGAUCCCAGCAACUUCCCCCGCGGGGACCUGCCGCCGGGAGGGGGCGCCGUGCUACUCGGAAGCGGAGCCUGGGGACGCAGCGGGGGCAUCCGGAAGUGACGCCCGUCGGCGGAAGUCCCGCCCGCCCCGCCGGAAGUCCCGCCGGAAGUUCCGGGCCCCUGUCCGCGCUCCCUCGUGGUAG